AUGGAGAAGCCCGAUAUCGUGGAGUCUCCGCGAAAGCGCCAAAAGACCGAAGAUGCGGGUUCAAUUGCGACCCCCUUCGGUGGCGAUGGCGCGUCCGACAUCCCGACCGUCGCAGUCGCCGAUGCCCAGACUCUGAAGGAAAACGAAGUCGGAAUCACGGAGUUUGUGAGCAAUGACACCGAGGGAUUCUCUGGUAUCCUGAAAAAGAGAUACACCGAUUUCGCGGUCAACGAGAUCACAACUACCGGCGAAGUUGUCCACCUCCGAAACACGAGGGCCCCUCACUCCCACAACUCCAAGCCCGAGGAACCUGCUGCGCCUGCCGUCGAGGCGGAAGCCAAACCCACCGAGAACACAGAAGCUGCCCCGGCGAAGACAGAGGAGCCAGCGGAAUUCAAGGUGUCGGAGGAGGACCAUGCUCUACUGGUUGAAUAUUUCGGCGCUCAGAAUGCCACUGAUAUCAUUGCACUUCACCAGAAGGCCAUGUCUAAGCCCAAGUCUCGACCAAGUGAGUUCGGUCAGAUCAGUGUUCUCGUGUCGGAUCGUGAUCUGCGCACGAAGAUUCACCAAGCCAUUCGCCGAAUCUUCAAAUCGCAGCUUGAGUCCACCACCGAUUCGGAGGGCAUGAUGGGAAUCCUCGCCGCAGCCAACCGGUUCAAGCGCGAUCCUGGAUCUGGCCGUGGUAACGGCCGGUCUAACAACAACCGAACCAACUGGGAGGAGCUUGGUGGCCAAUACCUGCACUUCACUCUCUACAAAGAGAACAAAGAUACCAUGGAAGUGGUUUCUUUCAUCGCCCGCUCGCUGAAGAUGAACCCUAAGUCCUUCCAAUUCGCUGGAACCAAGGACAGACGAGGUGUGACUGCGCAGCGCGUCUGUGCUACCCGUGUUCUUGCCGAGCGUCUUGCGCGCUUGAACCCUACCCUCCGCAAUGCUAUGGUUGGCGACUUCGAAUACCGCAAGCAAGGUCUGGAGCUGGGAGAUCUGGAGGGCAAUGAAUUCGUCAUUACUCUGCGCGAGUUGAGCAUUCCCAGUGUGGACACGAAGGAUCCCAAGGCUGCGAUCACCAAGGCAUCCGAAGUCGUCGGUACUGCUCUCAAGAAUCUACGCGAGCGUGGUUACUUCAACUACUAUGGCCUUCAGCGUUUCGGUACCUUCUCAACCCGAACUGACACUGUCGGUGUGAAGAUGCUGCAGGAGAACUUCAAGGGUGCCUGCGAGGCUAUUUUGCACUAUGGUCCCGAAUCCCUCCAGGCGGCCAUGGAAGGCGAAUCUAACAACGCGAACAUCAGCAGUGAUGACAAGGCCCGCGCCAUGGCAAUCAACAUGUUCCAGACUGGUGGUCCCCGCAUCGUGAAUGAAGCCUUGCAAAAGCUCCCUCGCAAGUUCUCUGCGGAGCAGAAUCUUAUUCGUCACCUUGGCAAGUCCCGCAACGACUACCUGGGUGCAUUGCAAACCAUUCCCCGCAACCUGCGAUUGAUGUACGUUCACGCGCACCAGUCCCUUAUCUGGAACUAUGCUGCCAGUGAGCGCUGGCGCCUGUACGGCGACAAGGUCGUGGCUGGUGAUCUUGUGAUUGUUCAAGAGCACCGCGACAAGGAAGAGAACUCUGCCGAGAUCGCCAACGAGACUGUCGAUGCUGAUGGCGAGAUCAUCAUUGUUCCCCAGGGUGAGGACAGUGCCGUUGCUGCCGAGGACAUGUUUACUCGUGCUCGUGCUCUUACGGCCGAAGAGGCAGCCAGUGGCAAGUACAACGUGUUUGACAUUGUGCUUCCUCAGCCCGGAUACGACAUUAUCUACCCCGAGAACGAGAUGAAGGACUUCUACACACGUUUCAUGGCCAGCGAGCAAGGUGGUAAUCUGGACCCCUCCAAGAUGCGCCGCUCAUGGAAGGACAUCAGUCUCAGCGGCAGCUACCGUAAGGUCUUCAGUCGUAUGAUGGGUGACAACUACUCCUUUGAUGUCAAGAUGUACACCCAAGACGAUGAGCAGUUUGUGCCAACCGACUUGGACAACUUGAAGGAGAAGAAGGAAGAGAAGGAGACCGCCACGGCCGAGACAACCGGUGACAAGAUGGCUGUUGUUCUGAAGUUCCAGCUUGGCUCAAGCCAGUACGCCACUAUGGCUCUUCGUGAAUUGACCAAGGGCAAGGCCGUCGCUCACAAGGCUGACUUCGGUGGUGGUCGUUAA